CUUACUCUGCAUUCAGAGUUUAUGUGAAAAGCAAAGACUUUUGAUUAUGUAUCUAGAUGCACUACCAAAGCGUUUUCACGAUGCGUUGUUGAUGUCUGGGCUGGACCAAUUGAAAGAAAGUCUGGAAUGCGGUGUUAGGGUGUACGUGAUAGGGCAGCAUGAUAUCGAUGGCAGUAAGCUGGUGUUCACUAGCCCGGGUCACAGAAAUCAAAAAGAAACAACCACAGAACCACACAUUUCAGUAGUUGUGUGGCACACCAGCCUUGUACAUUUGGAAGAGAAAGAAUUACAGGGCAUGCUAACUUCUUUUAAAAUUGUUAGCGCAUAUACGAAAAGGCUAGGAUUGAACAAUAAUAUUUUCAUCAAGUGUGACGUAAGCCAACAGUACUCAAAGGAAGAAAUUACUGAAAUCAAAAACACCAUAUUUGCUGCACUUUGCGACGAUACGUCAGAGAAUCGUUUUCAUCCAAAAGACAUUUUAAUCGACUGUGGUGAUUGUGACCUGAACACAUCAAUUUCCGACAAGCUAGAGAAAUUUGUUGCUGAUGGUUUCUCGAAUAUAUACUCCAAUUUGAAGAGGUUCGAGUAUGUAACCAGUGAAAGUGGUUCAGAGAACACGAAUGUACUGGAGAUCGACACAGUAGCUAUUUCUAUAAAGGAGUUUCUUCGAAAUGCUCGUAAUAAUAUAGAAGUAAAUAAAACGUUGACUGAAGAAAUAGAAGAAACGGCAAGUGGUAAGAUUCUUCAAUAUCUGCUCCAUUCUUUAUGUCGUGUGAUCAAAUGCACACUAGUGAAACCCUUAGCAAAGAAGAUCGGCCUGAAGACGUGGAUAUGCAAUGGUCUGCUGCAUGAGAUACAAUUCGAAGAAGCUUUGGCCGAAGCUGUCUCAAAAAAUACACGACAUCUAAAGAAACUGGCAUCAUCUACGUAUAAAGCUAGACGCGAUGGAAUCAGAUACACCCGGAAAUGUAACAAAUUCGAAUUGAUUUGUUUCCCUCUACAAACAGAAAUGAAGCCUGUCGUUGAAAGAGCUGAAAAGAAACUUCUUUCAAUGCAGCGUACUUCAAAGGUUAUCCGGAGAAUGGCAUUCGAAACAUAUGGCUACUUGAGACAGACAAAUAUUGACAGUCCUGAGCAAACUAUCCAUCAGCCUGUGAAGCUACCUGACGUACUUAGAAAGGACUUAUUACAUAUUCCAGGGGUGUAUGGUUUAGGUACCAUAUACGGUGAGCUUGAGAUUCAUCUAGAUAAAGAAACAGUGAAAACCUCGACAGAUUCUUCUAGCGGUACAGAUGAACUACAAUCUAAAUCAAAAAAUGAUGCAGACGCAAAACACCAGGAACUACAAUCUAAAUCAAAAAAUGAUGCAGACGCAAAACAUCAAGAACUACAGUCUAAAUCAAAGGAUGAUGCAGACGCAAAACAACAGGAACUACAUUCUAAAUCAAAAGAUGAUGCAGACGAAAAACAUCAGACCUCUUCAGAAAAGUUGGACAUAAAACAAUCAAUAAGAUUGAAGUCAGAAAUUGCUAAAACGUUGCAGAAACAUCAGUAUCGCGGUCGAUAUUCGGUCAAAUAUGUCCAAAAUAAACCUGGAGAAGUAGCUGCUAAUUACGAGCCUGGUGAUAAAUUGAUGCACCAAGGAAGAAAGGGAUUUGGGACUCUUGGAGGAUUUAUCUUUAGUAAAGAUGGAAAGCUCCACGGUCUUACAUGUGGACAUAUUGUCGGCGAUGAUAUGGACAUCUAUAUAGAUAAAACCAUACGAGAGCUAUUAAGCUGUUGUUCCAAAGUAGUCAAUCACGGAAAUGGAGAACUUAAAUAUAUAGAUAUUGCAGCUUUAGAGAUACACCCCUCCUUGCAAUCUGAAUGUAAAAGAUCUUUAGAAAGAAGUUCUGACCGCAUAACAAAAGUAAAACAGGCUGAAGACCAUCCGGAAAAAAUGAUCGGAAAUACUGUUUACAAGUAUGGAGCAGCAACUGGCAGAACCACGGGUUUUAUCGUGUCGAUUGACUACAGGGUGUUAGGUAUGGUUACUAAAGACUAUUUAGUCAUAAUAAAUACAGUUCCUGACAUUCCAAGUGGUUUCAGUGAAGACUUCAGUUCUCUGAUCUCUAAGGAGGACGAUCAUCAAGAUGGAAAUACUACGGCUAUGGAAACUGAUAAUACAACUUUGAAUGAAACAUCAUACGAUGAGGCACAUAGUGAUGCAGAUGCUGAUGAAGAGAAAAUGGACAUAGAGUUUUGUUCAGGUCCAUCACAAAUCAACUAUGAUAACAGUUCAUUAGAGCCAGGUUGUUCCGGAAACAAAAAGAUUAAAUUGGAUGACCGAAAAUCAUCUAAAAUGAAAUACAGUGAGGGCAAUAAUACGCUUGUCCAAAAGAACGAAAAUUCUGAAAUUGAAGGAGGAAGUUUUCUACAGGUUAGAGGUACAAACGGUGCUGAUGAGGAACAAAUAAAAGGCAUACAUUUAUCUCUUCGUGAAAAUGUAAAUAACCGACUUGGAAGUGACGCAAUUUUCCGUCAUCCUCUCGUAUAUGUUCUACGUAAUACUAGCAAUCUAGGACCUACUUCAUUGGAUUCAAACGAUUGUGAAACACCCGAUGAAGUGUUUGCAAAGAGAGGAGACAGUGGCUCAAUUAUAUGUAUACCCGAACCAACUCAUAGCAAACUUGAUUGUGUAGCUUUGUCGAUGCUUUUUGCUGGUGACUUUAAGACUGAUGGUGAUGAAAGUCUGAAAUGCUUGUCAUUCAAAUUGAAUGUAGGCUUGCAUACGCUGAUGCAAAGACAUCAAUUGGACUUUUGAUUGUUAACAAGAAGAUACAGGAUAUGUCGUAAUUAAACGUUACGGCAUAUCAUCAAUGGUUAUUCAUUGAAAUACAUGUCUAACAGCCAUCCAUGUUUUUGAAGCUAACAGAAACAGAUACGUGUAACAUUAAAGAAAAAAAUAAAUGAGAGAAAAAGUUCUUCGACUGACACAUUGUAAAUGUAUGAUAAUAAUAUAGUGAUAAAGUGAGCUAGUUCUUGGAAAAAAAAAUUAUAUGUUAAAUCUGUUCUCUAGGAGCUUAUAAAAAAGGCUCUAUAAGUAAAUAUGAAAAUUGCAAUCAAAACUUAAAGGGAGACAAUAAAUUUGAAAAUUUAAAAUAGAUAUUAUUUUUAGGAAUAUGCGAGUCAAAAUACAAAUUAUUCAGUGCAUUAAGGUCAUAAAUAUAUAUAUUAAGUGAUAACAUUGAGCCAAUGUAUGAUUUAUUCCAAUUGUAUUUUCAAUUUUAAAGGCGGGUAUAACUACGUAUUAAGCAGAAGUUCAGGAGUAUAUAUGACGAAUUAAUCCAUUGUUUACAUUUACAGAUGCGAAAUAACUGAAACCAUGGGGUUGUUUAUCUUCAAUAUGUUUUGUUCCGCUGUAUCACAUCAUGUGUUAUAUGAUUUUAAGGUAUUAGAUCACUUAUAGUAAUGUUUACAAAAUUGCUUUUGCUUGGUAUAUUCUGAAAGGUAACCGUGAUUUGCACUAUUUUGCAAUUUCUAAACAACUUUUACCGUGCCGUUUUUUUAUAUAAAUUUUGUAUAACUUGUGGUAUCUCCUCAAGCUCAAGUAGAGGCAAAUUUCAAAGUAAUAGCCACUAUCCAAAAACGUUUGCAGAGAACUCAUUUUACCAUUAAUUUUAAUAAAAGAAACAU